CUACGAAGCCUACAUUAUCAGAAAGAAAGAGUGCUGGUAUGGGUUUGAAUGCGGCAAGCAUCUUAUUUCUUGGACUGGUUGCUGGACUAGUGCAGUUUACUCAUGCAGGUAAAUUACUAUUAAAAUUUAAUUCAGUUUUUUGUUUUUUAAAUUAUGAUAUUAACUGCAGUUUUGAUAAAAUAUAGGUGUGGCAGGUAGUUUAUUUAGAAUGAUUUAAUUCUGUAGUGAAAUACGACAUCAUUUAACAUAAAAAAGAUUGUUCUAUUUGACCCUCUCCCCCCCCCCCCUCCCGCGCCCAACACCCAUCACAAGAACGUUAGUUUUAGCCUCAUUCAUUUCUAAUUGAAAAAUGUGGUUGUGCGCCAAAAGUUUUGUAUAUUUAAUCUAAAUUUCUACAGCUGCUGCAGUGAAAAAAAUACUUUACAUCAUUUUAAAUUGGAACUAUUCUUCUACUUUAUCCCAUUUCACAAGAAUCUGCUCAGCCUAAAAUGUUCUAUCAUUCACUUAUAAAAUGUUCUAUUAUUCGUUUAUGAAAUAAGGUUUGUUCUGUUAGUUUUCCAAAUGGAGGUUUUGAAGAAAAAAUCUUUGCAGCAAAAGUUAAUUGAAUUACAAGUUUUUACGUAAUAAUUUACAUUACCUUCUACUUACAGCUCACCAGCAUAUAAGCAAGAUAUAGUCUUGCAUCACUAGAUAAUCACAAUUUUUAGUUUCAUUCCUGCAUUCGCGCGGAUUAUUUAGGUUUGAAUGCAAUGAUUUUGAAACAUGUCGAAAUAUCACCGCAUAUUAUGCUGCGCGGCUUGUGAUAUUUAAUGCAAUAAUGGACGUUCCUAUUGGGAGUUGUCUAUGUUUCGUUUUCCAUGCAAUUCCCAAUGGUGGAAGAAUGUGAUUUCGACCGGCAAUUCGUAUUUGACGAGUAUGUGGCCAUUUCUCAUCGUUACGAUUUAAAAAGAGUAUCAUUGAAAAGCUAAAUAACUGCUCUUUCGUCCUAUGUAAAAAUUGAAUUGUUUAGCCACGUUUAUGAUGCACGACAGCCUGUUGAAUUUCCAUAGCAUUUUUUUUAGACACCCUCAAUUGAAUAUUUAGUUGUUCCGAACAGCUUUUCCCAUGCAUGACCUGAUACCAGUGGACACACUUGACACCAUGCAGAAUGCGACGUAUGAAACCACGUCGCACUUUCGUCACACCUUAGUUUGCAUCAUGCGACCAGGCAAAUGUACACGGUCGACCGUAAUCCAAGACGUUUGAAAUAGGCCAAAUCUACAAUUAAUCCUCCCUAGAGGUUUUCACAAUUUUAUCAACUAUAUUUAUAGGAACAAGCUGAGGCAUGUCUAGGCAUUUCAUAAUGAAAAAAAUCCAACAAGCACAGGCUUGCAUAUUCCUAUUUAACUUGGCUUAAACUUGUGUUAUUUUAAAAAUAAACAAAGUAAGACAUUUAAAUACAUUCAAUUUACUUUGUUUGUCCAUGUUGGUGUUUUAAAUUGACAGCCAGAUAGUUGUAUUUACUGACAGCGACCAAACUUCAUUCAUAUUUUAAUUAAAACGUCAAGACACCUUUUCCCCAUGCCGAUGUAGGUUUUUUGUGAAAGUGUUUAAUCACAGUAAGUAAAUAAUUGAAUGAUUGUCCGGUCAAUUUCCAUAUUAACAACCUGAAUUUAAAUAUGAUCUUAAUCCUAGCCGUAAUCCAAACCUUAAUCGCUAAUCCCAACUCUAACCCUAACUUUGGUCAUAACGCUAAUCCAGUGUUUAACACACUGAGUCCGUUCCCUCAAACAUUUCUUACAAAUCCUCCAAAGCUUAUAUAAUUUUCCUGUGCAAAUUCCUACUGUGAUCACAGAAACUUUGAUAGUGUACACCAGCCUUUAACAUGCAGCCUUUGUGAGCAGCCUUUGGAUUAGUUAAUUGUUCAAUUUUGACUACAAAUUGUAUUUUUUCUGUUGUUUUGUAUGUACAACGUAAGCUUUGUCUUGUAAUAUUUUGAUGGGACUUAUGUUAUGUUCUGAUUGUUAAGUAAUUAAAAAAAAAAAAAAAUCCUGAUGGCAAAUCAACCUCUCCCCCAGUGAAAUGUUAACCUCCAAACAGCUUUUGGAAUUUACCAUGGCACAUGUAAGCACAGUACUGAGUUGGGGAGUGGGAAGUUUAUCAAAAGGGUUCUGUGAAUUUUGUGUACAUGUAAAAGGAAAGGUAAAAAUGCUGUGCUGAGUGGUUAUAUUACUACCUUAAAAAAUAAGCAGAAACUCGACGUUUCGAGCGAAGGUCCUUCGUCAAGAGUUAGUAGCGAAGUUGACGAAGGGCCUUAUUUUUUAAGGUAGUAAUAUAACCACUCAGCACAGCAUUUUCACAUUGGUACUACCCACACUGGUACAGACAGUUUUAGAAGAAAAGGUAGCCAGUUAUGUCCAACAGUUCAAAAUUGCAAAUCAUUUCGAGAUAUUUGUCUUAUUAAUUCCUAGAAUAUAACGAUGCAAUACAAUCCAGCUACUGUGGUGGGAUAAAAUACAACCAAUCUGCUGACAUUUGCUGCAGUGGUAGUAUUAUCUCGAGACGAGGAGAUCAUGAUGCGUGUUGUCAUGGAGACUCGUAUCUUAGCGACAGCCAAGUGUGUUGCAAUGGCGCCAUCAUACCCAAGACUACGGCGGGAUGCGAUAUUCCGAAUGUUUGCCGACAAUCUCCGACGCGAUUCCUAACUAAAACCCAGGCCUGUUGUGGCGGUGUUUUGUACCCACGUAGCAAAGCAAAGGAUAACGGUUGCUGUCAGAAUGUGGCGCCAUUUAAAUACAAGGACGAAAUCUGUUGUUUCGGUACAGUGCACGCACGACACGGAAACGCGAAAUGCUGCGGCACGCGAGCUUACGAUUCGGACACGCAAAUGUGCUGCGCGGGCGAGAUUGUGACAAAGACACUUCAAGGAUGUCCAGGAUUAAACACUACAAUUGUGGAUAUUUGCAAGAAGUCCCCCACUCCACGGUUUUUCCGCAAAGAAGGCUACGGAUGUUGUGCAGGCCAGGUAGGGAUGAAGAUUCUAUCCUUGAACGAUCAAUGCCAGCGUAGACGUCGAAGUUUUACUUGUAUUUUUCAAUUCGUUGAAUCCAUCUCAACCCAUAAAGUUAUAAUUUAUAUAUCAUAAUUGAGUUUUUGAUAAAGAUAGAGCAAAUACGAUAAUUUGGCUUAUGUCCUCAAUACAGUCAGUUUUAAAGGUGUGUCCCACUUUAGGGUGAAACUCGAAGCGUGUCAAGCUAUAGAUUCUGAAUUAUAUAUUAUGAUACAAUCGGACCCCUCCAAUACGGACACCAAAGGGAAACAGUCCCAUAUAGAAAUUACAAUUAGACUGUAAGAAACUGUGCGCAGUUUUUGCAGCAAAAAGCUCAAAUUUACACAACAAAAUGAGAGGUAUCUGUAUUAUAGAGAGGCAUCCGUGUUAGAGAGGUGACCGUAGAAAUAAUUUCAACUUCAAAUAAAUAUAUAAUGUAUUAUAUAUUAAAUAAAUCAUAUAGAUUAUCUAAAAACUUGGUAUUUCCACAAUAUAAUAUGUUUAUGUACUAUUUAACACAUGAGCAGGAAUGCACUUCUGCUUGUGUUUUAAAUGGCCUAGGGAAACGAUCCAUCUGAUGAGAACACUGACGAAGUAAUUCUUAAAAUCAACGUUGUCCGCUAAGCCGAGAAAAUCAAAGCUAAAGUUUAUGUAAAUGAACAUGAUUUUUUAUCACAUAUAAAACUACCGACACAGCAGUGAUUUUCUUUGUCUUUUCCUCAUAAAUUAUUAAUGAGUUUUUAAAAUUUUAUAAUUCUUGUAUAGUUGUUCACUGUGAAUGUUGCAAUGACUCGACGCCUAGGUUGUUGUAUGAACAAAUUUAUUUUCGACGGGAAAGCGUACAAGUGCUGUGGCGGCAACUUAUACAAGCGUAGUGCCAAGAUGUCUUGCUGUGGUGACCGGAUAUAUGACAGAAAUAAACACAUAUGUUGUGGAGGCAAACUGACUGAGAGAAUGAACAAUACCAGAUUAGAAUGCUGUGACGACAAAGCCGUUUAUCAUCUGUUCACCGCAACAUGCUGCGGAGGCAAGGUAUAGAGACUGAGCUCUUAUAUAUAUCUGGAGCGAUAACUCGAGUUCAAAAAGUGAAAAUAUCACCACAUGUGGAAAUCUGUGUGGUGUUUUUUCCCACAUAUCGAUUUAACAUGUGAAAAUUUGUAUAGAUGUGAACAUUUUAUAUGUGGCACCUUAAAAGUCAACAUUCCACAAAUAGUUUCUCUCCUCUGUUAAGGUGUAUAAAAACAAUGCGGUUACGAGGUAUGGCUGUUGCGCAGAACAGCCUUACAACCGGAGCUCCGCUAUAUGCUGCGGGAACAAAUUGACAGACAACCCGGACAGAGUACUUGGUUGUUGUGGUGAUGGGCAUGGCAAUGAUGUGGUUAUGAACUACAGACAUCAGUCGUGUUGUAAUAGAACUGUGAUAAAUCUUAAAGACGGAAAAGGCUGUUGUGGAGAACAAGUUUACGAUCAAAAGACAUCUAUUUGUUGUCAUACAGGAGAUUGGACAACGAAGUAUAUCAUUAUUAGGGUUUCAAUAAUAUUGUAGUUAUUAUAGAAAAUUAUAGUUAUUUCACCAUGCUCCAGUGUUACUACAGGAGGAAAUGUGAAGCAAACUAGCUUUAUUUACACUGGGUAGCUCUAUCAGUUCUGGAAUGCUGUUCCUCCAGGUCUGAUAUCUAACAGCUUGCCAACAAGAUGUGUUCGCAUUGCAUGUUCCCAGUUUUUGAAAAGUGUGGAACAAUAGUCGUUAUCAUCUUGUAACAAGGUUAAUGAGGUCAACAGGCUUGCAACAAUUUGUUCCAAACACUAUUCAGAUAUCGUCUAUACGUAACAACGUAGCAACCUGUUACGAACAAUUGUAUUAGACCUGUUGGAACAACUUGCAGCAAAUCUGUUACCAUGAAGACAACUUGUUCCAACAAGCACUGCGUACACAACGGCUUGACAACAACCUUGUUACUACUUGUUUGCAGAUCUUUAACAACUUGGUGAAAGUCACAUAGUCUAAGCAUUGUCCCACCAACAAACACAAUCUACCAAGUAUUUUCCCUAUUUUCAGGCCAAACUUGCUGCCAAAAAAAGAUCACAACUCAGCAUGUUGUGCAGGAAAGCUAUACGAUUGGUCAAACCAAAUUUGUUGUAAUGACAAAACUGUCGCUGAUCAAAACUCGCGGUAUAGUAUAAGAUGUUGUGGAAGCCAGUCCUAUGACAGUCGAAGUAUGACUUGCUGCAACAGACAACUAUAUGACGGCAAGAAAUUGUGCUGUGGAGAUAAGGUAAUAUGAACAUGAAGUUUUCUUUCUUACACAAUGACCAAAGAACCUCACAUUUGAAACAAUUUGACAAUCUGAGGGUUGGUUUGACAAUCAGAUUCUUGUUCUGUUGACCAUAUACCUUCAACCUCAUUUGUCCUUCAUCUAUAUGUGUUUAAUAUCUAUUUCUUCAUGUAUAAAAGGUUGUAAAGGUAAUACAUACAAAUAAAUAAAUAUAUUUAUGAGUUAUGUAAAAUAAGAUACAAUGUCGGUGACUUUCCAUACGUCUGGAGCAGCUGAGAAAACUAUAUAUAAGCUAUAUCCGGCAGAACUCGAAACUGCAGUCCAGCGAUUCCUGAACAACACUCUGACCACUGAGCUACAGCUGAUCCAGCUGCUACAGACCCAUUUUCACUCAAGAUUUUCACGGACAGAAAAUUUUCAGAAAAUAUCAUUGUUAAAAAUUGAAAAUUUUCAACUUCAAAAUUUUUUCCCGACGAAAAAUUUUGGUCCACCAAUCAAAUUUUGCCAAAUUUUCCAUCUGCGGAAAAUUUUCCUGAGCGGAAAUGGGCCUUAAGAGCUAUAGCCACAAUUUCAUGUAUAUACUAGUUUCAAGAUUUGGGUUAGGACGUUAGCGUGCAUGGGGUAGGGUUAACUAAGAUUUGGGUUAGGGUAAAGAUAGGAUUAAGAUUUGGAUUUCAUUCAUUAGGAAUUCAAUUAGUUUUUCAAUAAAAAAUGUCAAUGUGGAAAUUCACAAGUGCUCUUGUUUAAAUCAGAUACAACCGGUUCAUCCUGGACAAUUUGGAUGCUGUUGGAAGAAGCCGUAUAAUUAUAGCACUGAGUCUUGUUGCAAUGGAGUGAUUCUUCGUCGUGAUUCUGGAGAGUUAUGUUGUGAAAACACCGUGGUAAAAAUGCCUCCGGAGAUCAAAGAUCCUAGCUGUUGUAGAAAACUCGGAUAUGAUUAUGAGAAACAGGUAUGAAUGAAGUGAAUCUUAUAUAUAACUGGAAUUGUAAUAUUGCACCGUUAACAUGGCCUUAAGUAACGAAACACGCGUUCAAAAGUGAUACCAUUGGCGGUUAUGACUACAUUCAAAAUUUUUAUUUUUCGAUACGUUUCUCAACCAUUUUCCUUGUAUUAUUUGCACUGAUAACGAUACGCGCUUACGGAUUGAAAGAUUGCGGAAUAAACAUGGUGUUCUCCACACAAAAAAACAAAACAAAACAAAACAACACAAUUUCACUGAAAUUUUCUUAUGUACAGGUUUGCUGUAAUGGUACAAUCUACCCAUCAUCAGACUAUGUAUGUUGUCAGAAUAAACUUCAUCAUCGUGAAGGUGGAACAAGGCUGAGAUGUUGUGAUGAUAAGGCAUUCAAUGAACAAACCCAAGUUUGUUGCAGAAACAAAGUCACCUCAGUUGCAAGCCCUUACUCAACGAGCUGCUGUGGCGAGACACCGUAUAAUUUCUUCAACGAGCAAUGCUGUGACUCAAAAGUCACUUCAACAAGAAAGUACCUGUGCUGUGAUGGACGAUCGAUUGCAAAGAUGGGCGAUCAGAACCUAGCAUGCUGUGGGAAAGGAGUGUAUAAUAUGAUCAAAGGCGUUUGCUGUGAAGGAACAUUCCAUGCUGGGGAUCCCAACCGUUUGUCUUGCUGUCGUGCCAGAACAUAUGAUAGCCAUACACAGGUAUUUAGUAGUCGGUGGAAAAUAUCUUUCAGUAACGUUCUGAUAUAAAGUUUUGUGGUGCAAAUGCGGCCCAGUCGUACGUUACUGGGUAAACUUGCAGGUUGCAGGUUUAUUUAUUUAUUAAGCUUUCGUCGUUCAACGACCUCUUUAGAGUAAAAUCCUGCAUGAAAUCUUCCCUGGGCUUAGUUAUUUCAGCCAUGCUUGAAUGGGGCUUAUUUGAAGGAGUUGGAGGGAGAGGGGUUCUUUAUAGAAAAUUUAUGAUAAUGGAGAAUAAAAGGUAGAAAUCGUCUUAUAAUACGGAAGUAUUCAGAGCUGUGUUUUCGUCUGUUCAAGAACCUGCUUUUUCUGAUGUAAGUGGUAGGAUUGUUUAGAGAUCACUCAGAUAAUCGUACUUUCUUUUAAAGAUGUCCAUCACAUAAAAUACUUGACUGAAGCCCAUCUACAGCUCAAUGAGUGCAUCCAUAUUUUCCUUUAGACAUGUUGUUCAGAUCAAAUUAUCUCCAGAAAUGAUUCACUCUGCUGUGAUAAUCAGAUCAUAAAAAAGACAGGUCCAACUCAGGAAUGCUGUGGUAACAAGGUACAUAACUACAACACACAUUUAUGUUGUCAUACCUACAAAGAAACUAUCUUAUAUCCGCGUAAUGGUUCCACCGAUCUCUUCUGCUGUGAUGAAAAAUCUUAUCAUUAUUCAAAUCAAAUUUGCUGUGGUGGUCAGGUUUACUCCAAGAAUAAAUAUAUAUGUUGUGACAACAAGGCCUAUCCUACCAAUGGCGUGAAACUGGGUUGUUGCUAUGGUAAACCCAUUGACCGUAGCAAGCAAUUGUGUUGUCCCAAGCUUGGUGUGGCAGAUGUGGAUGAUAAAGACAAAGCGAGGUGUUGUCCUGCAGGUAGCAUUUCUUCUAUAUUUACUGUUGAAUGUGCAUAAUACUUGGCAUAGCAAUAGUGCAAUUCAGUCACGUUCCAGUGAUAAGGUUCCUGUACCUUUUUGAAUAAUAUUUAGCCUAACAAUAGUGCCAUCCUGUCAUGAUUAUAUAACCAGUUGUUAGUUGAGCAUGAUUAGAUCAUGUAGAGGUAGAAAAUGUUCUUGAUUUAAAUGCGAUAAACUUAGAUGAUCUGAUAUUGUAAAUGACUCAUCAUUGAGUUCAGUGUGCAAAGAGCAUUCAGAGGUAGUACAUGUCCUUGAAUGUGAGCUACUCUAAAGUGGUCUGUUGUUGUACAGAAAUCACUGCAGGGUUUAGCAUUAGAUCAUACAGAGGUAGUACAUGUUCUUGAAUGUGCGCUACAUUAAUGUAAUCUGAUGCUGUAAAGAACACACUGCUGAGUUUAGCAUGGUUAUAUCAUGCUAAUACAUGUUCUUGAAUGUGAGUUACCUUAACGCAAAGUGAUCUGUUGUUGCACAGAACUCACUGCUGGGUUAGAUCAUCCAGUGGUAGCACAUGUUCUUGAAAGUGGGACAGGAAAUGAUCUGACUAGUACAGAAUAGAAUAAACAAAGUUACCCUGUGAUGGAUUUUGUCGACUCCAUUAAUAAUAUUGGUCGGGAAAGUGAAAGUGCUUAUAUAUGAAACACUCAGAGAUCAUCUAUACUUUGUAGGAGUCAUACAGGACUACAGAAAGAGCUUUUGCUGCAAUGAUCAAAUCGUUGACUACAAUGGCAACGGGAACUUGAGUUGCUGUGGUUGGAAGACAACAUACGACAUGCGUACCCAGAUCUGUUGUUACGGGAAACUUUACCCGAGGGGGAAAUCGGCAACCUUAAGAUGUUGUCGUGAUAAACCCAUGGAUUACACCAGUCAAAAAUGCUGUAACGGAAAUCUCAUUCCCAAAGCCCGGAGUUUGUGUUGCUACGGGAAAAGUUACCUAACGAACGGCAGUAAGACCCUCGGGUGUUGUGGCAAGACAAUGUAUGAUAGUAAAAAGGAAAUAUGCUGUAAUCAAAAGGUAGAAGUUCAUCAAAAUAUUCUUUUUAAACGAAUUCAUUAAUAAAGCCGUGUCCACAUCACUUUCCUACGCAGAACCACUUUAAGUACAUGAAGUACAGUCUAUAACAGUGCAUGAAGUUUCGUCAACGAGCGAAUUGAGCGCAUGACAUUACAAAUAUAUUGACCAAUCUGACCAUUUCUCGGUAAACAUUCGAAUAUUGACCGGCUUUGCUAGUAUUUAGGGCCUACAGUAAUUAGCCUUUUCCCAAAAGAGAUCACAAUGCAUUCUGGGAUCGUAUGGAGGGACAAAAUAUAUGGUGACAGACGUCAAAUAUGUAAAAGAUAGAAGUACCUACUAUCAAAUAUCAACUUUUUAGGCGACCAAAAAUGAUCUCCUUUUUACAUUAAACAUUUAAUUUAAAUGUGUGCUAUCAUAUUUCUUGUCCCUCCAACAAGGGAUUCGCGCGACUAGAUCCAGGACUUUGGGAAAUGGCUAAUUGGUUUCUACUGUUGUGGUGUCCCCCACCAUUCAUAAUUAGUUGUACACGUUGUGGUGUUUGUGGUUGUUUAUGUCACGUGGUGUGUUUGAAUUUGGCGAAGUUUAACAAAUAAAUAAAUACCUUAUUAUAGGAAAUUAACGAUGCACUUUAUUAACGCGACAUAAAUUAACGCGACAUCAAAUUAACGCGGAUUGCUUCUAGGUCUUUUAAAACAUGAUUAUAUUAACGCGAAUCCGAUCUCCAUGGUUGACAAAUUAAUUAAAUUAACGCGAAUCGGAAAAUAUAGACACAACAACAACAAAGGUUUAAUGUUAAGAGGAGCACUGAUGUUUUUAGUUUACGUUAAUAUGCUGCAUUUUGAUAUAAAAAGAGUUAGUGUUAUAUAAAACAAAUCUAGGUAUUUUUAACUAACGAUAAAUGAAAAUUACAUACUUAAAAUUAACGAUCACAUAAAUUAACAUUAAUUAAAUUAACGCGAAUUUUUAAAAUCCGCGUUAAUAAAGUGCAUCGUUAAUUUCCUAUAAUAAGGUAAAUAAAUAAACAUUCUACAACUCAAUAUAUUUCAUGACAGGUAUCACCGACGAAUGACAAAAAAAUGCAAUGCUGUGGAGGCCAGCCCUACGACACGAGUAAAUAUGUAUGUUGUUACAACAGAUUACAACCAAGACUUGGGCCUAAGACAUACUGCUGUUCACAGAAAUCUUACAACGCGGAAACUCAUUACUGUUGUUGGCCUAACAUUACCCUCAGACCAAAAUUCCCUACAACACGUUUCAUCCAAUGUUGUGCAGGAGUUGCUUACGAUUUUGACCAACAGUUUUGUUGUUCUAACAAAAUCUACCAAAAGAAACUGAACGGAUCCGACCACAGUUGUUGUGGGGAGCAGGUUUUUGACAAAGCUAAAGAUUUAUGCUGCUGGCCUAAUAUGUACCCAAAUGGUCUGUCCAGUAAAGUGUGUUGUGGCGGGAAAGCGCAUGAUCAAGACCCUCGGGUUAUAAGCUGCUGUGGUGCGGACCUCUACAAUACAAGGAAAGCGAUGUGUUGUUAUAAAGACGUGAUUCAAAGUAAAAAUUAUGGAAAUGACAGCAGGUGUUGUGGAAGCCUAGUUUAUGAUAGGAAGAAGAGAUCCUGCUGUGAUUAUUUGAAAGGACUUUUGUGUUGAUGCUCACGGAAAAGUAGAAACCGAAAAAAACUGAUUGACCAUGUUGACUGAGUGAUGACAAAAAUUAUUCAUUGAUUUCUUGAAUGAUUAGUGUUGAUUGGGUCAUUGAUUAGUGACAGAUAUAAUCAAACAGUAAAUUGAUUAAGGCAUAAUAAUUAUUACGUUAGAUUAUUUAUAAUAAUAAAUGUUCAUGCUUGAUCAAAUUGCUGGCUGUUUUUCCACCAUAACAAUCGAAAGUUUUAAUUUACCUCAGACAGUCCAUUUCCCGUUGUAGGUUAAGGCAAUCCCCUGGCCUGUCCCUUGUGCCCAAUAAAUAACAAUAACACUUAAACAGGAAUAUCAUUUGUACUCACAUAGAUCAUAAAUAUUUUAAGUAUGCUUUCAUAAACUAAAAUGCGUUAUAUAGUAACAAUCAGUUCCAUCUUUUCAUAUACAGACUACCAGUCCCAAAGUAUUUUGAACAGCGAUUUAACCGAUCAACAAUUGGCUUUACUGAAUAAUCAGUUUCGGUCAAUUUUAGUAUUCUGGGGGUAUCCUCGCCCCAAUCCUGCAAACGCGCACCCCAAUAAUGGUUCAGACGCAUUACUUGCGCAUCGCUAUCUAUUGUCUUACCAUCGCGCAUUUCAUUAUGAUGAACUUCAGCUGUGCGCAUUUGCGCAACCCGGAACACCGACUUUCCCAAGUCAUUCCCUUUUUUGUGCGUUCUACGUCUCAACCGCGCUAUAAGAAACGGGUUGUCUUGCGAGUCAAGUGGCUUUCCUAAAAACAGGUAGUUUUGUAGCGUUAUUUGCGAAACAUGUGGGUUUUCAACGGAGAAGUUGUGAAGAAAUCUUUGCAUAAAGUUAGGUUCCACGUCAAUAGGACUAAAUGGAUAUUCGUCAAUAUCUAUAGCCAUGUGCCAGGUUAGAUUACUCCCGUAGUUAUCAACACAGUCUUGGUAAGCAGAAAUCUGAGUGCCUUUUAUUGUAUAUGGAUUAUAUGCACUCCAGUCUACAUAUGUAAUGUAACCCGAUUGGACAAGCGGUAAAAGCACGUGAUAUUGUGAUUCCUUUUUGCCGACAUAAGCAUCGUAGACAAACACGUGAUCGAAGCCAGCAUAGCGAAGGUAGAAUAACCAUUGUAACAUCUCGCGACUUGAAAGUCCCGCGCGAUCAUGACGGUAUACACGAACCAGGAGAACUGCUGAUAACCGAUAGGGUGGGCUCAUGUGAUGGCGAUACAAAUUCUGGCAUUCCUGGGAUAUUGUAGGAUCUGAAUGGAUAUUUCUACCACCUGUGGAUAAAGAUGGAUCGGGCAUUCGUGCCGUCCUCUCAGUCGUUAUCAAUCCGUCUUGUGUCGUAUCAACAGGUUUUUCAGGUGGGGAAAAGCUCGUACGCGAGUCCCACGCUACAUCGCGCGAGUCUUGUCCGAUCCUACGUGAGUCCACGCGUGGAAGACGCGCGUUGAUGAAUGAGCUGCGCAUACUAUCAUGUUCAUCAUGCAUAGAAAACGCCGUUGGGAAAAUGAUAAAAAGAUUUGUAACUAAAGUGACGGAUAUAACGACGACCACAAAAUACCACAUUGUCUUGUAGCGGACAACUUGAGAUAAUUUCCCACAAACCAUCACUGUGAAAAAA